AUGGCGGCCGGGCAGGGGGGCGGUGGCGGCGGCAAUGGCAACGGCAACGGAGCGGGGGGGCUGGGGAUCCCCGCUCACCUCACUCUCUCCUUCUCGGCCGGGCCGCACUGGGGCGCGGCGACUCUGCAGCAGCCGCACACGGUGCGCAGCCUGGACCGGGCCCUGGAGGAGGCGGGCAGCUCGGGCAUCCUCUGCCUUAGCGGGAGGAAGCUGCGCGACUUCCCCGGCAGCGGCUACGACCUCAGCGACACCACGCAAGCAGAUCUUUCAAAGAACAGAUUUACUGAAAUUCCUCCUGAUGUCUGGCUGUUUGCACCACUGGAGACUUUGAAUUUGUACCACAACUGCAUCAAAUCCAUUCCAGAAUCUAUUAAAAACCUGCAAAUGCUUACCUACCUUAACAUUAGUCGAAAUCUUUUAUCAACGUUGCCAAAAUACCUGUUUGAUCUUCCACUUAAAGUUCUGGUUGUCAGUAAUAAUAAGCUGGUCUCCAUUCCAGAAGAAAUUGGAAAGUUGAGAGAUCUAAUGGAGUUGGAUAUUAGCUGCAAUGAACUUCAGGUUCUUCCCCAGCAGAUAGGAAAAUUGCAGUCACUUAGAGAAUUAAACAUAAGAAGAAAUAAUCUCCAUAUGUUGCCAGAUGAAUUAGGAGACCUUCCCUUGGUAAAGCUGGAUUUUUCUUGUAAUAAAAUUACAGAAAUUCCAAUUUGUUACAGAAAGUUACGUCACUUACAAGUUAUAGUUUUGGAUAACAAUCCAAUGCAGAUACCACCAGCACAGAUAUGUUUAAAGGGUAAAGUACAUAUAUUUAAAUUCCUCAGCAUUCAGGCGUGCCUCAGAGUAGAUAAAAAACCAGAUUCUUUGGAUCUUCCGUCAUUAGGUAAACGAAUCCCCUCCCAGCCACUCACAGACAGCAUGGAGGACUUUUAUCCCAAUAAAAAUCAUGGACCAGACUCUGGCAUUGGAAGUGAUAAUGGGGAUAAAAGGUUGUCCACAACAGAACCAUCUGAUGAUGAUACAAUCAGCCUUCACUCCCAGGUGUCAGAAUCAACAAGGGACCAGACAUUAAGGAAUGACAAUCAUGUAAUGGGAAGUAAACUCGAUCCACAGAAAGACCAGGAGGUGUAUGAUUACAUUGAUCCGAAUGCAGAAGAGGGAGCUGUUCCUGAGCAAGGAGAUGUACAGAUUGGACCAUUGCUGUCUUACAUCAAGGAACGGGGAAAACAUCUGGAGAAACCUCAGAAAAUAGAACAGAAUGAGGACUCGGGAGAUGAAAAAAGACUUCAGAAAGAACAGCUGCUGGCUGAAGAUGAUGAUGAACUCAAAGAAGUGACUGACUUGAGAAAAAUAGCAGCUCAGUUACUGCAGCAAGAACAAAAACACAGGCUUCUUAAUCAUUCCGUUUCAGUAAGCACAAGGAACAGGCCAAAGCAGCCAAUGGAAUCUGAAAAAUGUGUCUCAACAGAUGAAGUGAAUUCCCCAGUGUCCCCAUACAGCUGGCAGCCACUGGAAAACCAGAAGGAUUCAAUGGAUGAGAAGCAUUGGCCAGAAACACAGCAAGUGAUUUGGCAGAAUGAAGAAAGAAGGAGAAGUAAACAAAUUAGAAAAGAGUAUUUCAAGUAUAAGUCUUCCAGAAAGAGUUCAAGUGGAAAUGAAAAUGAUGAGCAAGACAGUGAUAAUACUAAUGUGUCCCCACAGUCUCCUGUGUCGUCUGAGGAUUAUGAAAGAACAGAUAGUAACACUCAUGGUCCAUUUGGUCUCAAACCAAGGUCAGCUUUCAGCCGUGCAUCUCGACAGGACUAUGGUACAGUGGAUCCUGGAUUUACAAUGAGGAGGAAAAUGGAGCAUUUAAGAGAGGAAAGGGAACAAAUAAGACAGCUUCGCAAUAAUCUUGAAUCAAGGUUAAAAGUAAUUUUGCCAGACGACAUUGGAGCAGCAUUGAUGGAUGGUGUAGUUCUUUGCCAUUUAGCCAAUCACAUAAGGCCACGUUCCGUUGCCAGCAUUCACGUACCAUCACCAGCAGUGCCUAAACUCAGCAUGGCAAAGUGCCGAAGAAAUGUUGAAAACUUUCUUGAUGCUUGUAAAAAAUUGGGCGUUCCGCAGGAGAGACUUUGCUUGCCUCAUCACAUUCUGGAAGAAAGGGGUCUGGUGAAGGUUGGCCUCACAGUGCAAGCUUUGCUUGAAUUGCCAGCAUUGAAAGUAUCUCAGCUUUCCUCCAUGUGACAUGACUUCUUGGAAGCUAGACAACUUACCAUUCAAUCUGUUGAUUUGGAUUGCUCUGAGGCAGUUCAGCUUCCUACAUGGGAACAUCCAAGCCAUCGAAGUCUAGUAUCUGUCCAGAUGCUGUAGAGAGCCUUACUUUGGAGUUGUACGUGAAA